GGUUUGGGUUCCUGAAUUUUCUGAUACCAAAUUGGAUUUUGUUCAUUAUUGCUGGAUUUUGUUGCAACCCAUCUCUCUCUAGAAUCUAGCUUGGCUGUGAAAUAUAUGUUGUAGUUAAUAAUGCCAGAUCCAGAGAUAUCCCACUCGAAAUAAAACUAGGGUUUUCUUUUAAAAAAAUUUGUUCUAUGAUUAUUUGCCUUAAGAUUUCUAUAUUCCCACUUGAUUAAUUUGUUUGUAGAUUUUUCUAAAUUUCUAUCUGAUGUAGAAACCUAGAUGGAGCAAUGUGUUGAUUCAUUAUUCACAUGAGAAAAAAAGUCUAACAAUGCACAUGAACUGUUUGACAAAAUGGUUAUCAAAAGAAGACGGUAGCUAUACCUUUCUUAUUGAACAAUGGCAAUGCCCUGUGGCUAGUAUCUUAGUUUGCUGGGCGAUGUUUUGACUGUUAAAAUGGUUGGAUUUUUCUCUGCACAGUGUUCCAAGCUGAAGACUCAGAUUCCUAAGCUUCUAAAGGGACCAUUCCCUGUAAGUUUAUGUAUCUCUAGCUCAAUUUUUUGGAUCCCAGGAAACUAUUGCUGAGCCUCAUGGAAGUGGUCAAGCCCAAGCCCGAAUGUUCAGCCCUAGACGGGUAUCGUUGAGGCCCAAGCCCAAGCCCAAGCCUAGUCAAGCCAAAGUCCAAGCCCAAGUCCUAUAUGUUUUGUUGGCAUUGUAGGUCAACAAUACUAGUAUUUCCUUUUGCUGCACAACCCUGUUGCGUGUGUCUCAGGGCAUUGGACAGCAAUGAAGGGCCUCAAUCAAAGGGCCACACCCCAUUAUAACUAUGAAAGCAACCAUCUCAUUCAGCUUGUUCCACCUCUAUUGAAAUCAAAUGCAUUUGUGACUGGGAUGUGGAUAGAUAUGGGGCAAUUGGAUGGUGAUGCAGUGGUGGAACUAGAGGCACUGAUAUGCCCUGUGGCUGAGCCAUGUUGACAACUGUGAUUAAUGAUUAUCACUCAGCUGGGAUAUUACGCCAGAGAGUGCAAGUAGCUUGAGGCGGCAUGUUGCUGCAUCACUGAUGCAACACCAUCGAUCAGUUGAAAGAAAUGGCCGUGCUCUGCAGCCUGUAUCUCCUGCAAGUUAUAGUAGUUCAAUGGAGGUGGCACAUUACAAUCCUGCAGUCACUCCAACUAGUUCUUUAGACUUUAAGGGUAGGAUUGGUGAAUCAAGUUAUAACCUUAAAACUUCCACUGAAUUACUCAAAGUACUCAAUCGGAUAUGGAGUCUUGAAGAACAGCAUGCAUCUACCAUAUCAUUGGUGAAAGCCCUGAAAAUGGAACUGGAUCAUUCUCGGGCAAGAAUCAAAGAGUUAUUACAAGAGAAGCAAACAGAACGGCAGGAGAUGGAUGACUUGAUGAAGCAAGUUGCAGAAGACAAACUAAUUAGAAAGACCAAGGAGCAAGAUCGAAUCAAAGCUGCAGUUCAGUCUGUGAGAGAUGAGCUAGAAGAUGAGAGGAAGUUAAGAAAACGUUCAGAAACCCUGCAUCGAAAGCUAGCUCGAGAGCUUUCUGAGGUGAAAUCUUCUUUUUCUAAUGCUUUGAGAGAACUUGAAAGGGAGAAAAAGGCACGGAUUCUAUUGGAAGACCUAUGUGAUGAGUUUGCUAAGGGAAUAAGGGAGUAUGAACAAGAGGUGCGGUCCCUCAAACACAAGCCUGAAAAGGACAGGGUUGCUAGGGAAAACUCUGAUCGGUUAGUUCUUCAUAUUUCUGAAGCAUGGCUUGAUGAGCGGAUGCAAAUGAAGCUGGCUGAAGCUCGGUGCGAUGUUGCAGAAAAGAACACAAUUGUGGACAAGUUGAGCUUUGAAAUAGAAACCUUCCUUCGAGCUAAACAAUCUGUCACUUCUAGAAGAGAUGAUUACUCAUCCCCAAGUGAGCAGAAGGAAAGUCGCUUACGUCGGCAUUCUUUAGAGUCCUUCCACUUGAAUGAGGCUGUAAGUGCCCCUCAAAAUGCAGAGGAUGAAGAAGAUUCUUCAGAUAGUGAUUCACACUGUUUUGAGCUAAACAAGGGUUCAGGUGCAAAGCAAAGCAAUGGCAGCUGUAAAAAACACAUUGGCAACUCCGCAGAAGGUCAUGCUGAAGACACAGUGAAAUCGUAUCCUACAAAGAAAAAGUCUGGAUCACAAGAAAUCACCAAGGGACGCAAACCUUCCGGCUUGCGGACGCAGUUUGAAGAAUACAUGGCCCGAACCAUGUCUUGUAAUGGAAACAAGACCCAGCUUGUGGACAGUGAGCAGGGGGAAAUGGGAGGGGAUGACUCAGUUGAAAUAAACAAUUCCCAGAAGUUUGAACCAAACGAGGCUACACAGGAGAGUAUGCCAGAAAAAAAGAAUAAACGGGCAGGAGCCCGUGGAGUGAACUUGAAUCAUGUGCUUGAUAACCUAAUCAGAAAUCACUCCUCCCCAUUGGAAGGUGAGAAAGUACAUCCUGAGAAUAACUGCAGGGAAGAUGCUGGCAAUCAAUCUGUACUUAUGGGCCAUGCUAGUCCCAUACAACAAUGGAUGUCAAAAUUGACAUCCCCAGAUCUUGAAAUCUCCGAAUCUUCUUCAAAAUGGCCUCGAGGCUCAAGGGAGAAUAGCUUGAAAGCAAAACUACUUGAAGCAAGGUUAGAAGGUCAGCAUUUCAGGGCCAAAGCUUCCAAAGGUUCCUUUUAGGUUCAUGAAGCUUGUACACUUGCCUGCCUGAGGUAACACACUCACAAUCUACAACUACUGGCUUGUGAAUAAGUUCCAAGAUCCUUGUCUUCAAGUUCAAAAAUGAUGGGUAUAUCUAUAUUUUCUUCUGUAGUUUCUGGAUCACAUCUGUACAUGAAAAUGUAUUGUUGCUUACAUGGUUACAAAAAUCACAACUAGAGUUGAAGUCCAUCUUGAAGAUUUUGAUGAA